AUGGACCUCAGAGCCUCCAUCUCCCUUCUUGUGCUGCUGCUUGGCCUGUCCAAGGCUCUGCCUGUCAUGGAGGACGGAGAUGAAAAUGAGAUUUUCUUUGAGGAGCCUGACAGUGUGGACAUAACUACACAGAUUCUGGCAACCAAUAAUGCUUCCAGUGAGUUUCUAAUGGAAGGAGAUCUUGUUGUGCCAAGAACCAGGAAUGCUCUGGCUUGCUGGAACAACAACUGCUUAUGGAAGAAGUCUUCUAAUGGGAAAGUUGAGGUCCCCUACACAGUCAACUCUCAGUUUUCAUCCGCUGAUCAGAGGAAAAUUCAAAAUGCCAUGGCAACCUUCAACGGUAGAACCUGUAUUCAGUUUGUUGCUCGCUCGACUCAGAGUGACUACAUCAGCAUUGAGAACAGAGAUGGGUGCUUCUCCAGCCUUGGGAGGACAGGAGGCAAACAGGUGGUCUCCCUCCAAAAGAGCGGUUGUGUUUACCACGGCAUCAUCCAGCAUGAACUCAACCAUGCUCUGGGCUUCUACCAUGAGCAAACCAGGAGUGACAGAGACCAGUAUGUGAAAAUCAACUGGAAUUACAUCAACCCAAAAAUGGUUUACAACUUCCAGAAACAAAAGACCAACAACCUGAACACUCCAUAUGACUACUCUUCUGUGAUGCAUUAUGGGAGAACUGCUUUCACAGUCCAGAAUGGAAAGGAGACAAUCACUCCCAUUCCAAACUCAAAUGUUCAAAUUGGACAGAGACAGGGAAUGUCCACCACUGACAUCCUGAGGAUCAACAAACUCUAUGGAUGCUGUGAGUAUGACCUCCUGUAUGAUAUGGUGAAACAUCAUAUAACUUUGAGAUUUCUGAAAUGAUGAGUACUGCAAUUCAAUUCUGACAAUUCUCUCCUCUUCCAAACAGAACCAAACCCAAACUGAUGCUGUCCCAGUCUGGUACCACCACAUGACGUCUUGAUCACAGAACACAAUGUGACAGAUGAAUAUGUAUAUGUCUUGUGAGCAUCACCACUGUCAUAUUGAUAUUACUGGAAAAUAAAAUGACUGAAAAUAACUCAUUGUCUUGUUGUUGCUCUACUAUUUUCAUGCAAUAUGGCAAAAUAAUCUAUUUCCAGAAUCAGAAACAUAUCCUCUCAGUAUCCUUCUUUAAAAGAACAGGCGCACAACAGUUCACAUUAAGAAAUAUGAGCCAAAAUGUCAACAAGUUAUGGAACUAAGAGAGCAAGCAUGUAUAUGUGGGCCCAGUUCAGAUUUUCU